GAUAUCAUGAUCCAAGAAGGAAAGGUGAGAGAGGAAAUAAGUCAAAAGCAUCACCAAAAAUGCUACUUGUUGACUGGACCCAAAUACGUGAACGGAAAAAAACUUGCCGAUACAAUUAAUGAAGUCGAAAAGUAUGGCAAUGUCACCUAUCGUUCGGUGAGCCGACACGAGCUCGAGAAAUACUUGUGUUCUCUAAAUGAAGAUGAUUGCGGUUGUGAUUAUGAUCGCAUUGACUAUAUCCUCGCGCAACGUGAUGCAGCCUAUUUCAUACAAGAUGGUCUGGCCCUCUUACGUCGAGCCAUAGCCGAAUUCCUCCGGGGAUCUCAACGUUCAGGAAAGUCAAACUACAACCAGGGCAUCAAUCGACUCAACUCCGCUGUGCGCCUCCUCGGAGAACUCGUUUACCAAUACAACCAACAAGAUAAUAGAUUCGAUCAAAACGGGCAGAACCGAAACCAAUACCUUCGUGAAGCCCGAAAUCAACGCUUAGAUCAACAAUACCUUC